AUGGCAAGUCUGAGAUUGCAUUUCUGUUUCUUACUUUUCUGUGCAACCAAUAUCGUACUUAUUCCAAAUGGAUGCCUUGCCAAAAUAUGCCUUCCAAGACAACAAAAUGCUUUUUUUGUAUUUGGAGAUUCACUAUUUGAUGUUGGAAACAACAAUUACAUCAACACCAGUACUGAUUUUCAGGCAAAUUAUGCACCAUAUGGGGAAAACUUCUUCAAGUUCCCUUCUGGCAGAUUUUCUGAUGGGCGUGUUAUUCCAGAUUUCAUUUCUGAGUAUGCUAAAUUGCCACUAAUCCAACCAUAUCUGUUUCCUGGUAAUCAAGAAUACAUCAAUGGGGUCAAUUUUGCAUCAGGGGGAUCUGGAGCUUUAGUUGAAACUCAACAAGGACAAGUGAUAGACCUAAAAGCUCAACUAAGUCACUUCAAGAGAGUGAUCAAGGUUCUGAGGCAGAAACUAGAACAUGAAGAAACCAAAAGCUUGCUGGCCAGAGCUGUCUAUUUGAUAUAUGUUGGACCCAAUGAUUACUUUGGUUCUUUGACCGAAAACUCCAGUGUCGUUGCUUCAAACUCUCCUGAAAAUUUUGUGGACAUGGUCAUUGGUAACCUGACAACUGUGGUCAAAGAAAUACACAACCAAGGAGGGAGGAAAUUUGGGUUUCUUACUUUGGGACCUUUGGGUUGUGCUCCAGUGGUUAAGUUACUAGUCAAUGGAAGUGGUCCUUGCAGAGAAGAAGUUACAGCAAUAGUGAAGCUGCACAACAGAGCACUUGCAGUUGAGCUUCAGAAGUUGGAGAAACAGCUUAAAGGAUUCAAAUAUUCACUUACCAAUUUGUAUGAUAUAGGUGUUGAAGUGAUGAAUGACCCUUCAAAAUAUGGUUUCAGAGAAUGGGAUAUGGCAUGCUGUGGGAGUGGGCCUUACAGGGGAUAUCCCAAUUGUGGAGGCAAAAGUGACGUGAAACAUUAUGAGUUGUGUGAGAAUGCCAAUGAAUAUUUCUUCUUUGACUAUGGUCAUCCCACUGAAAGGGCUAAUGAGCUUAUUGCUCAAUUCAUAUGGAAUGGAAAUCACACUAUCACUGGGCCUCACAAUCUGAAAGCAUUGUUUCAACAAUGAUCCUUCCUUAUGGAAUUCUUAUUUGCAAUAUGAUGAUAGGAAGAAUAAAGAAAAGAGAUGGAGAUGUUCGUGGA